CAUACCUAUGACAGACAUAUAUGCGAAACGGUCAGAAUAUUUGUGGCAACUGAGGUCUGAUUCAGGACGGACAUUGUAGACGAAAUGUGUAUUGUGGUAACAUGAUAUACAACAUUCAUACAUACAGGUCGUGACAGCAUGGGGUGUGCCAACAGUCAACUGCCCCCCUCGCGGAGGAAUCCCGGGGGGUCAGUACCUACACGUGGGGGUACUGAUAAACAGCUACACAAGCAGCGGCACCAGGCAGAGCUGCUGAGGGGGAACAUGUCACUGGAAUGUCCCUCCACUGCCAAGAUCGUCCGCAUAUUCACCAGCAGCACAUUUACAGACACCCGUCACGAGCGGAACGCCCUGAUGGAGAGGGUGUACCCGGUGCUGAAGGAGAUGUGUCAACAGCAGGGGUACGAGUUCCAGGUGGUAGACAUGAGAUGGGGAGUCAGGGAGGAGGCCACGGACGACCAUAUGGGACCAGAGCUCUGUCUGAAGGAGGUGGACCUGUGCCGGAAGCUGUCUACUGGGCCGUGUUUUGUGACAUUCUUAUCCCACAAAUAUGGCUACCGCAAAAUCCCUAGGGAGAUUGAAGCUACUGAAUUCGAGAAGCUCCUGGCGAAAGUUCCCACUGACGAGGCGGUGUCCUUACUGAAGAGAUGGUUCCAGAAGGAUGAGAAUAAGGUCCCGCCCAUCUAUGUCCUACAGCCAAUUAGCUCCAUGCUCCCAGACUUCCGAGCCAAUGAUCAGAGCCGUAAGAACAGCGCCAGGUCUGAAUGGUCUCAACAGAGCACGGUGAUGCAGUCAGCUCUAGCCGAUGCAGCGAGACAGGCCGUGGACGCCGACAGAGCGCAUCUUUACGCGGAGUCAGUGACAGAGUCAGAGAUCUGUCGAGCAAUGGAUUCCAACAAGGAUGUGUCCAAACAGUGCAUUUGGUUUGACAGGAAAAUACAAGACAUAGACAGCCAGGAGACCAGCUACCUGCUUAGCAGAUACAAAGAAUGCCUUGGCCCCGAGGAACGUGACCGCGAAUCCAGACAACGGCUCUCCGAGCUAAGGGACAUAACUCUAGCCAAACAACUGCCGGCCCAGAACAUCCUCUCCUACAACAUCACGUGGCAUCCUAACGGUGUUGACCCCGGCGUGGUCAAGGAGCAUGAGGAGUACAUCGACCGCCUGUGUGAAGACUUCCAGUUCAAGGUGUCCAGCAUGAUCACCCAGGCCAUACAGGCUCGGCAGGACACCUACCUCAGCAACCCGGUGUUCGAGGAGGUCGUGCAGCACACGCUGUUCUGCCAAGAGAAGUGUAGGGCGUUCCAGGGCAGGGCAGAAACUCUACAGGAAAUCCGAAGCUAUCUGAUUGGUUCAAGUUGUCAACCCUUCAUCCUCCACGGCCCCUCCGGUAGCGGCAAAACCUCCAUCAUCGCAACAGCAGCUACCAGUGCAUGGGAAACACUGAAAUCUAAAGCUGCAAUUAUUACCAGGUUCAUCGGCACGACCCCGGACAGCUCCAACAUCGGCAGCCUCCUCAUCAGCCUCAUCUCACAGCUCGGGGAAUUGUACACAUUCGAUACGUCCGAUCUGCCUCCGACAAUUAAGGAGCUGCGAGAGUUCUUCAAGGCAGCCUUGUCCAGAAAAACAGCGGAGACGCCGCUCGUCCUCUUCUUGGAUUCUCUGGACCAGCUUGACCCUUCCGGUGAUGCCAGGCAGUUGCUAUGGUUACCACGAGAACUUCCGCUUAAUGUUAAGAUUGUUUUAUCAACUCUCCCGGAUGAAAAAUAUGAAAUUCUACCACGAUUAAAGGCCCUGUUCCCCAGUAGCUCUAACUAUGCUGAAGUCCCCACACUGGCGCUGCCUGAAGUGACCAGCAUAGUGGACACGUGGCUUGACCAAGCAGGACGAAGGUUGACCCCUGGUCAGAGACAAACGGUACAGGAGGCCUUCAACAGGUGCCCGCUGCCGCUGUUUCUGAAACUGUCUUUUGACCAGACGCUUAAGUGGCGGUCCUACUCCCCUAGUGACACUACCGUCCUGCAGGACACCGUCAGGGGAUGCAUCAACACUCUGUUCCAGAGGAUUGAAGAACUGCAUGGGAAGAUCCUCGUGGAGCGGGCACUUGGCUACCUUACGCUAAGCAGAUCUGGCCUAUCAGAGACAGAGUUGGAGGACAUCCUGUCAUGUGACGAUGAUGUCCUGAAUGACGUGUACAUGUACUGGACUCCGCCAAUCAGACGACUUCCGCCUCUGCUCCUAGUGAGGGUCAAGGCCGAACUUGGGCCGUACUUGGUGGACCGAGGAGCUGAUAGCGUGAGGGUGUUCUACUGGUACCACAGACAGUUCAUCGAGGCGGCAUUAGACAGAUAUUGCUCAGACGCUAAAGAUGUUGCUCAAAGGCAUCGCGCUCUGGGAGAGUUCUUCUCGGGAAUUUGGUCAAAUGGAAACGCUAAACCAUACACAGAUUCAAAAGGUCAGUCCGGAAAAGCUGACCGUCAUGUGACCUCACAGCCAGUCAAGUAUGGUACGAAUUUUAAUCGCCGGAAGUUAAACAACCUAACGUAUCAUCACCAGAGGGCGGGUCAGGGCGAGCUACUCAUGGAGGAAUGUUUGUGUAAUCUGGAGUUUGUGUCGGCCAAGUUGAAGUCCGAGGGCCUGAGGCAAGUGACCGACGACUACCUCGAUGCCACCUCCCGCUUUCCAGAUAUUCAACCGCUCAAGACGCUGUCAGAAGCAAUACACCUGUCUCAGAGUGCACUGGUCACCAGUCCUGACGAACUUCCGGCUCAGCUCAUUAGCAGGAUCAAGGACAGAAACGGUCUGGAGGAUUUCGUCGCUCAGUGCUACGCCUCACCCUCACCCUUCCUGCUCCCAUCCAAGCGUAUAGUGACCCAGACUGGUGGGGCUCUUCUCCACUCCCCAGCGGAACACACCCAGGAGAUCACCGGUCUUGACCUCACCAGUGACGGUACAGUGGCAGUCACAUGUGGAAUGGACAACUCCGUGAAAACGUGGGAUGUCAGGACCGGCAAACUGCUCCGCUCCAUAGACGACAUAGGCCCUGGGUCUAGCAGGGUCUUCACAGCCUGUGCGGAUACUCUCGUCGUCGUUGUCACCAGCAACAACAUCCGGGCAUUCGACCUCCAGUCGGGAGUGGAAGCUUACACUCUCUCCAACUACAUGGCCAACUCGGGGUUCUGUCUUGCUGGAAAGGACAGGACCGCCAUGUUUGUGUUUCUCGGGAAGAACGUUCAGACAUAUUCAGCUGCUGAUGGGGCGUUUCUGGGAACAUCGUCUAAUGCGCAUGUACAGGACGAUGAGAGCAUGGGAAGUUCAUCUGUUGUGGCAGGAAGCGAGGAGUUUGUGGCAGUAUCUGAAGGUAACCAUGGAAACAAGAUGUUCAUCUUCAACGUCAAGGAUUCAUCCUUCCUGUCAACAGUGAUAGCGUUACCAGUAUCCAUGGGGAAUAUGCAGGACAUUAUCAGUUGUGCAGCGUUCUCAGCGGACCGGAAACACGUGAUUAUCGGUGGGGGGACUGUCUCGUCAUCAUAUGUUCUUUGGUAUCCACAAUGGUGAUUUAGUUCGUACUCUGCCCGGAGUGAAGCACGACCGUAUGUCUCCGUUCCUCCACGCCACCCCCGACGGCAACUACCUAAUCUCCUCCAACUGGAACAACGUGGUCAU